ACUGGGUUGGAGGAAUACAAAAACAUGUUAGUGAGUCAGAGAGUGUGAUAAUAAAACGGGGUAAUGAGUGAGAGAACAUGAGGCAAGGAGAGAAAAAAUAUUUCCAGAAGAAAAAGAGAGAGAGAGCAAAAGCAGGGUGGCACAAGAGCAGAGGAGCCAGCGAAUAGGAGAGGGGGGGGGAGAGAGAGAGAGAGAGAGAGACUGCAGACGCUCGCCCACUGUCACCGCUCCGCAGCCAGAGGACAGAGGACUGAGGCAGUGGACGCAGGACGCCAUGGAGGAGGAAGACCGCACCGUGCGCCUGCAGCUCAGCCGCUGACGGAUCACUCCUCCGAGCCCGUCCCGUCCGGUCGGGAGCCACUUCUGUCUCCCUCCUUCACCAGACCCAAGUGCCGGACCUCAACUCCUGCAGGACCCGGGAGAGGGGGGUUGGAGGGGUGGCACUGUCUCAAACGCCCACUUCACUUCUUCCUGCGUGCCUUUUGGACUAGUGUGUGUGUAAAGGGUUUUUUUUCAAAUAUUCUUGUUUUUUGUAUUUUUUUUUCUCUAUACCGGCCGUUCGCUGGGUGGAUCUACUUUUGUCCGGUGUGCGGACCAUGGGGCGCGGGUGGAGGGGCGCAGCGGGGACCCUCCCAAUAAGGACCGGGGGGAGCCGCUACCUUUCGGUGACGCUGCUGCUGCUGCUGCUGCUGCCGUGUGGCUGCCGGGAGGCUUCCGCGCAGACGGACGACGGGAAGUCCGUCUACUUCUGGGAAACAGGUCCGUGGGGAAGAUGCAUGGGCAGCGACUGUGGCCCGGGAGGCAGCCAGAGCCGGGCGGUCUGGUGCGCCCACGUGGACGGCUGGACCACGCUGCACACCAACUGUGACCAGGCCCAGCGCCCCUCCAACCAGAGGAACUGUUUCCGCGUGUGUGACUGGCACAAGGACCUUUACGACUGGGAGCUGGGCGCCUGGAAUGCCUGCGUGCCAGUUUCGGCGAGGACCUUAUGGACCUCGCGGCCGUUCGCGUGCAGCGGAGGCGAGGAGGGCAUUCAGACCCGGGAGGUGCGCUGCAUGCUCAAAGCGGACGCGUCUCCAGCAGAGGAUGCCAUCUGCGAGUACUUUGAGCUCAAGCCUCGCCUGGAGCAGGAUUGUUUGAUCCCUUGCCCUCGGGACUGUGUGCUCUCCGAGUAUUCGCCGUGGACGUCCUGCUCCAAGACCUGCGGCACGGGCCUCAGGAACCGAGUCCGGAGCGUGCUGGUUCCGCCGCUUUUCGGCGGCGCGGCCUGUCUCAACCUAACCGAGUUCCAGUCCUGCAAAACGGGGCCUUGCACGGGUCCGGAGGGCAUGUACAGCCUCAGGGUGGGGCCGUGGAGCCCCUGCGCCCUCCCGCAGACGCGGACGGCGCGCCAAGUGAAGCGCAGGAAAGGCAAAGGCCAGGGGCUGCGGGAGCGGGCCGGGGUCAAAGACCCGGAGACCAGAGAGCUCAUCCAGAAGAAACGCACCAGGAACCGCCUCAACCGGCAGGAGAGCCCCUUCUGGGACAUCCAGGUGGGCUACCAGACCCGGGAGGUGACCUGCAUACACCGGAAUGGGAGCGCCGCAGGUCGCAACCUGUGCGCCCCGUGGGACCCGCCGCUGACCAUGCGGCCCUGCGUCCUCCCCAAGGACUGCCAGCUGACCGACUGGGCCGAGUGGGGGCCCUGCUCCAAAACCUGCCUGGACCCGGCGUCCCCCGUGGGCGCCCGCACCCGCAGCAGACAAGUGGUCCAGUUCCCCGUGGGCGAGGGGGCGGAGUGCGCGGCGCUGGAGGAUUUUGAGGCGUGUGAACCUCAGGGGGAAGGUGUGCCGCCCUGCUCCAGCUACACCUGGAGAAGCACCGAGUGGAGCGACUGCCGGGUCGACCCGUUGCUGGGCCAACAGGACCGUCGGCGUGGCAACCUGACGGGGCUCUGUGGGGGAGGCCUGCAGACCAGGGAGGUCUAUUGCGUCCAGGCCAACGCCGAGCUUCUGAAGUACCUCGACGACCUCCGAGAGAAAGACCAAGCGGGUCAGACCCAAAGACAGCAGAAGCCUAGCGUCCCCCCUCUCCUCUCCAUCACCUUCCAGAUUACAGCAUCCCGCCCGGUGGAAAACAAGAUGUGCAAGGGUCCGAUCCCCAACCGGUCCCAGCUGUGCCAAAUCCCCUGUCCCAUCGACUGCGAGGUGUCGCCCUGGGGGGCCUGGGGGCCCUGCACCUUUGAGAACUGCGAAGACCAGGCUGGAAAGAAAGGUUUCAAACUGAGGAAACGGCGGAUCACCAAUGAGCCGACGGGGGGGCCCGGGAACUGCCCCCACCUGGUGGAGGCGGUGCCGUGCGACGAGCCCCGUUGCUACGACUGGCGGCUGGUCGGCCUGGACCGCUGCGUCCCCGGCGACGGGACGCCGUGCGGCGCCGGCGCUCAGCUGGCACUGUUCCGGUGUGUCAACGGCAAUGAAGAGGAAGUGGACAGGAACCUCUGCACGUCGUCCCCGGCUCCGGAGCCCGUCCCCUGCGAGGUGCCUUGCUCGAGGGACUGCGUGCUCAGCGAUUGGACGAGCUGGUCCACCUGCUCCCAGACCUGCUCCAGCAAGACCAUCGAGGGCAAGCAGACGAGGACGCGCUCCAUCCUGGCCUACAACGCCGGGGAAGGUGGCGCCGUGUGCCCGAACAGCAGCUCCCUCCUGGAGGUGCGUAACUGUAACGAACACGCCUGCACGGUUUACCACUGGCAGACGGGGCCUUGGGGGCCCUGCACCGAGGACCCCUCCGCCUCGACCCUCAACACCUCGGCGGGGGUCCGAGCCGGCGGCGGCGGUCCGGGUUCCUGCUACGUGGGGAUGCAGACCCGCAAGGUCAUCUGCGUCCGGGUCAACGUGGGACAGGUGCCCCCCAAGAAGUGUCCAGACGGCCCUCGGCCCAGCACGGUGCGACCAUGUGAGCUGCCCUGCAAGAAAGACUGCAUCAUGACUCCAUUCAGCGACUGGACGGCGUGCCCCGUUACCUGUGACGCAGCUGGCAACGCUGUGAAAAUAAAGCAGUCAAGGAAGCGUCUUAUCAUCCAGCAGCCGUCCAACGGGGGACAGGAGUGUCCCGAGGUGCUGGAGGAGGAGACGGACUGCGAGGUCCCCAAAGUCUGUCCAGGGUUCAGGUGGAAAACCCAUAAAUGGAGGAAGUGCCAGCUGGUGCCGUGGUUUCUCAGACAGGACCGUCCAGGUGCGCAGGAGACGUGUGGGCCAGGACUCCAAACAAGAGCUGUGUCCUGUCGGCAGCUGGACGGUACGCAGGCCGACAUCGGCGAGUGUCUGAAUUUCGCCACGGCCAUGCCGGCCAUCACUCAGCGCUGUCAGCUCCCGUGCCAGGAUGACUGCCAGCUGACCAACUGGUCCAAGUUCUCGUCCUGCACGGCCGACUGCGUGGGCGUCCGCACCAGAAAGAGGGCAUUGAUAGGGAGGAGCAAGAAGAAAGACAAGUGCAAGAACACGCAAAUGUACCCUUUGAGCGAGACCCAGUACUGCCCCUGCGACAAGUACAACGCCCAGCCGGUGGGGAACUGGUCGGACUGCAUCCUGCCCGAGGGGGGCCGGGUGGAGAGCACCCUGGGGAUGAAGGUCCAGGGAGACAUCAAGGAGUGCGGACAGGGCUACCGCUACCAGGCCAUGGUGUGCUACGACCAGGACAGCAGGCUGGUGGAGACCUCACGCUGCAACAGUCACGGUUACAUCGAGGAGGCGUGCAUCAUCCCCUGUCCCUCGGACUGUAAACUCAGCGAAUGGUCCAACUGGUCCCGCUGCAGCAAGUCCUGCGGCAGCGGGGUCAAAGUUCGCUCCAAGUGGCUCCGGGAGAAGCCGUACAACGGCGGCCGGCCGUGUCCCAAGCUGGACCACAUCAACCAGGCCCAGGUGUACGAGGUGGUGCCGUGUCAGAGCGACUGCAAUCAGUACGUGUGGGUGGCCGAGCCGUGGAGCGUGUGGAAAGUCAGCAACGUGGACUUGAAAGAGAACUGCGGCGAAGGCGUCCAGACCAGAAAAGUCAGGUGCAUGCUCAACACCAUCGACGGCCCCUCGGAGUCCGUGGAGGACUACCUGUGCGACCCCGAGCUGAUGCCCCUGGGGGCCAGGGAGAGCCGGCUGCCCUGUCCCGAGGACUGCGUCCUCAACGACUGGGGCCCCUGGAGCCGCUGCGACGUGCCGUGCAUCCGAACCAACAGCCGGGAGCGCACGGCGUACGCCCUGCGCCCCCCCAGCGUGGGGAGGCAGUGCCCGGACACCAGCGACAAGGAGCCCUGCAGCCUGAACCUCAACUGCUUCAACUACUUCUACAACAUCACAGACUGGAGCACGUGUCAGCUGAGUCCCAACGCCGUGUGUGGGAGCGGCAUCAAGACCCGGAUGCUCGACUGCGUCCGCAGCGACGGCAAAUCGGUUGAUCUCAAAUUCUGCUAUGAGCUGAAUUUGGAGAAGAAGUGGCAGAUGAACAUCUCCUGCGUGGUCGAGUGUCCCGUCAACUGUCAGAUGUCGGAGUGGUCGCCGUGGUCGGACUGCUCUCAGACGUGCGGACUAGACGGCAAGAUGUGGCGGCGGCGCUCCGUGGUCCGGGCCUUCCAGGGCGACGGGCGGCCCUGCCCCUCUCAGACGGAGCAGUGGAAGCCCUGCCCCGUCCGACCCUGCUACCGCUGGCAGUACGGCGAGUGGUCCGAGUGCCGGGUGGAGAGCGUGGUGUGUGGAGACGGCGAGCGCUACAGAAACCUGUCCUGCUUUGUGUCGGACGGCUCCGGCGACGCGGUCGGCAGCUCGGUGGACGAGGAGCUGUGCGGCGGCCUGGAGCCGGCCGUCGACGGGGACAAGCGGAUCAGCCUGAAGGAGGCCUGCACCCUCCCCUGUCCAGGUGAAUGCUACCUGAUGGAGUGGUCGGAUUGGAGCUCGUGUGUGAGCAUCUGCGUCAAGGCGGCCGGCGUGGACUUCGGCUCGGUCCGGGUUCGCUCUCGAGCCGUGUUGGCCCAGGAGCCGGAAAACCUGCAGCUGUGUCCCGACCAAGAGUGGGAGUCCCAGCCCUGUGAAGAGGGCGAAUGUUACGAGUACAAAUGGUUGAGCGGCGGUCGUCUAAACUCCACCCGGCCGGCAGUCUGGUGCCAGCGAUCCGACGGGCUCAACGUUACCGGAGGUUGUCCUCCUCUGAGCCCCCCAGAGAGCAACGACUCCUGUGACCCUCCGUGUCUCAAGACAAAGUCCUUCUGCAGCGAGGCCGCUACCUGCGCGUGCGAGGAGGGCUUCACGGAGGUGCUGUCGGCCAGCGGGCAGCUGGACCAGUGCGCCCCCAUCCCGGUCCUGGAGAUCCCCACGGCGGGGGACAAGAAAGGGGAUGUGAAGACCAGUCGUGCCAUUAACCCCACCCUGCCCUCCACCGCGCAGCCCGGACGCAGCGGGCGCACCUGGUACCUGCAGCCUUACGGACCAGAUGGGAAGCUGAAGAUGUGGGUGUAUGGUGUAGCAGCCGGAGCCUUUGUGCUCCUCAUAUUCAUAGUGUCUAUGAUAUACCUAGCUUGCAAAAAGCCAAAGAGACCUCAGAGACAGAGGCAGCAAAACAACCGACUGAAACCUCUGACUCUGGCUUACGACGGGGACACGGACAUGUAGUCCUCGGGGUCCCCGAGCACUUCCCCCGCCGCCGAGGCCCACUCGGUCGCGCCGUGGCAGCGAGGGACACGGGUGUUUUUGCGGCGCAAACGAGGCGCAGAAAUCACCGAAAAUCCUCUUACAGCCGAGACAGUGGUGGGUUUCAUCCAUUUCAAGUAGAGCGCCAUUCAAACACCCUCUUUUUGUAUCAUCCAAGUAUUUUAUUUUAUUUUUUUUUCAAAGAGCCUUCAUGAACUCCACCUUGUUCAAUGAAAUACCUUUUUUUUUGGCCCCCAACCCAUCGUCCGAAAGAAGAGAUUUUCAGCUGGAGGAGUCCGGAUGCAGUCUGUCUCUGAACAUGGCAGCUCGAGCUCCAACACCCUCCCCCCCUCCAUCUCCCCCCCACGCGUUCCCCGCUUGUCCCUAAAAAAUGCUGAGUAGCUGGAGGCUUAGGAUGCUCUGACGGUUCGUACGUUGCCAGAAGUCACCGCAGGGAAGAGGAGGAGGGAGAGGAAAAUCUCCAUAAAAAGGUUUGGAUUCCUUUUUCCUCAAUCCUCAACUGGGUUUUUCGACUGAAAUCUCUUACGGUCUUGAACAAAAGCGAAGCGUUUCUUCUUCCCUUUUUUUUCUUUUUUUCGCUGGAUUUCGAGGCACACAGGCCUGUGUUUGUGGGAUAAACAGAUGGGUGCUGACGGACGAGCAGCCUGCGAGCUUCCUCCCUGCCUCCACCCUUUCUUGGUUUUCGGGCUCUACUUUGCACUAUAUUAGUGCAGCAUGAUAUGCACACGUGACUUCUACCUAUUGCCAUAAAACACUGCCUCUUCCACCGACAGACCCACGACGCGGAGGAACAGCCACCGACGCGUCAAAGAAAAACCACGGCAACGGGAAACCAGAGUUUGAUGUUCAGAUGUGAAUCUCGAGUGGAUAUAUGUGUAUAGAUUUUCUUUCUCACAGCUGAUUUGUUGUAGUAAAAGUACCUUUUGUGGUUGGUAGAUUGCGUCUGGUGUUAUCACUUUUCUUUGUGCCCCAGAUCAAACUGAAGGUGUAACUAUGAUAUCAGAAGGUGUUUUUCAUGAAUCUCCUGCUUUAGAUUCAUUUUGAACCACGAAUAUUUAAAUCAAAUUCCAAUUCUCUACUUUUCUUUACCCAUCAGAAGUUCAUUGGAGAGAAUAUAACUUUUCAGCCGUUAAAGAAAAAGAAUAAAUGUAAACCAUUCAUGUCAUUUCUGCCUUACUGACGACAGCUCGACACUAACGGUCCUGUAACAGAAUUGCAAUACUUGAUUAAACGGCCACAUGGAAAGAAGACUAACUUUUCUUUUGGGGUCAUGGUUUUCAUGUAGUAAUCCGUGUCAUAGGUGCUCUUUCCUCUUUCAGUCCCACUACGCAAGCUGAAAUAUAGAUUAAAAAAAACAAUCUGUACAAAGAAACUAUACAAACUGUUAAUAACAAUAUGAGAAAAUGCUUCUGAUGAGUCCGACGUAAAAGCAAACUGGUGCGCAGAAUGUUUACUUUUGUUUUCUUGUGGGAUUUGUAAAUAACAGCAAUUUUUUAUUUUUUGGGAGAAAAAAAAAAUCAAAGUAUGUGAACAUUUAUUUUGUAUUGCACAGAAAAUGUUUAGUUUGAAUAUCGCGAAGUGGGUGUGUGAUAUUGCUGAUCGUUGUUAUCAUGAUGCAAGUUGUACGUUAUGGAGAGAGAAAAAAAAAACGAAGGCUCAGACGUUUUUGUACAGGUUGUUUAUAUGUAUGGGAAAAAUUACUGAAAAUAAAUAAGAACACGGUGGUAAACACACAAAGAAA